AUGACAGCGUACGUCGACGCCCUGCCCUCGGACGAGGAGUCCUGCUACUACGCCGCGCAUCUCGAAUUCCGCGCUAACCCCCACUCCGACACCCCCGUCUCCGACGACGCCCUCGCCGCGGUCCUCCCGCACUGCCCGCACAUCACCUCCGCCGUCCUCGGCGGCAUCCGCGACCUCUCCUCGCGCACGCUCAUCCUCCUCGCCUCGCACGCAGACGAGCUCGCGCACCUCGACAUCGCCGGGUGCGCGUACGUGACGGACCUCGGCCUCAAAGCGGUCGCGACGCACGCGACCUCCCUCCGCGCGAUCAACCUCGGGCGCACGUUCAGCACGACGGACGCCGCGCUCGCGGCGCUCGUCCGCGGGCUGCCGCUCCUCGAGGAGCUCGCGAUGGACAUGCUCCCGCUCGUGACCGCGCGCGCGACGCGCGACGUGUGGACGUACGCGAAGAGGCUCCGGCGCUGGUCCCUCUCCGGGUGCAAGAACGUCACCGACUCGGGCUUUCCCUGGGUGCCGGCGCGCGACGCGCUCGAGGCUGCUCGGGAAGAGAGCUCGAGGGGGCGCGGCAGGCACAGGUCCUGGAUGGAGAGCCUGCCGCCGCUCGUGCUUCCCCCGCUGUACAAGUUGCACGACCUGCGGUUCCUGGACCUCAGCCACUGUGCGAGGCUGACGGAUGCGGCCGUCCUGGGCGUCGUCGCGCACGCGCCUCGGAUAUCCCGUCUUAACGUCGCAGGGUGCGUAGAGCUGACUGACCGCGCGAUGCACGAGAUAUGCAAGCUGCGCGACCACCUAAGUGAGAUAGACGUCGCCGGGCUCGGGCGCGUCACCGACGCGGGCGUAUUCGCGAUCGCCUCCACAUGCACGCGACUCCGCUCCGUCGACAUAAGCUUCAUGCCGAGGCUGACAGACCUCGCGAUCCAGGAGCUCGCGACGCUCCCCCGGCUCCGGCGGCUCGCAGCGGCAGGCCUGCCCCGCGUGACGGACCAGGCCGCGUUCUUCCUCGCGGAGCACGCGCGCGGGCUCGCGCAGCUCCACCUCUCGUUCUGCACCCGCCUCACGCUGGAGGGCGUGCGCGCGCUGCUGCGCAGGCUCGCGGAGCUGGAGUACCUCAGCCUCUCGGGCGUGCCGGCUCUGCGGCGGCGCGGGGUGUCCCGCUUUUCCGAGGGGCAUCAUCAGCACGAGGGACACGACGCGCGGAAGCAGAUACAUUGGGUCUUUCGCGGGGAGCACAUUCGGGCGCUCGGGGCGUUUUUGGAGAAGGAAGAGUGGCGGAAGAGGGAGGCUGAGCGGCUGAACAUCCUGUUCGAGCCGGGGGGGGACGACUCGCGGGCGUUGUACUAG